GGAAACAGUCGAAGCAGAGAGAGAUGGCGUACGUUUUUCCAAAGAAGGAAAGAUGCAAGGAUGACAUCAAGAUGUGGGCAAAGCAAGCCAGAUCACUCAUCGCAUCGCAUCGCAUCUACACACGCCUCUCUUCGUGUGUCUGGCUCAUCCCUCCACUGCUCCAGCUUGCCGCUGACCGGUGUGCUGAAAGACGGCGCCACGACAGUCGAGGUCGACUGGUUCAGCGAUGGCAACUUCAGUGAUGUCCACCGAAUGUUCAACGAUGCGCUCGACGACGGCGAGUGAGCAAACAAAGCCAACUGGAUCUCUCUCUCUCUGUCGUGCUCCUCGCAUUUUUUGUGUCAGUUCGUACCCGUAUGAGGGGCCGAUGGACGCAGAGACCUUCGAAGCCUACUAGUAAGGGGCAGUGGGUAGUGCUGGAAGGAUGAUUUGUUUGAGCAAUUUAUUCAAUGACAUCGAUGUGGUUGUGUGCAGCCUCUCCCAUGACGUGUUUGUGUGCCGCAUCACGUCGAGUGAUUCUCUUGCUGGCACCGUGGUCGGCAGCUUCUACAUCAAACCCAACUGGCCGGGAAGAUGGUACGUCUGCGCACCCCGAACAGACUCAUCGAUUCUGCUUGGUGGGUGUGUGUGGCUGGGUUGUCAGUUCACACAUUUGCAAUGGGGGAUUCCUCGUCGACCGUCCCUACAGGGGUCGGGGAAUCGGCAGGUUCAUGGCCGAGUGCUUCCUGAAACUGGCACCAGCAUUGGGUACACAAUCCGCAUGAUGGGCUAGUUCGCGUGAGCAGGGGCCGAUGUGUGUCCAUGUAUGUGAUGUGUGCGGACUGCAGGCUAUCGGGCCUCCUUCUUCAAUCUCGUCUUUGCCUCAAACGAAGCGUCAAUCAGGUAGGUGCCCACUCGCAUCCAUCCAUCCAUCGUCUGUGUCAUCCUCCCUCCCUCCCUCCCUCGCUCGCUCCUUGUCUGGGUGUCCGUGUAUGUUGAACAGGUUGUGGGACAGUCUGGGGUUCGAGCGGGUGGGUGUGGUUCCGAGGGCGGGCCGCCUUAAGGGACUCGGGUACGUCGAUGCCAUCCAGUACAUGUAUGACUUUGGCCCGUGGGACGUCCCAGCCGACGAGGGAGAGUGAGGGCCUGUAGGAUGGGUACGGGGAUGUGGGGCGGGGCGGGGCGGGCAGCUCGCUCAAGGAGCUGGGGCGGGGCACACGUGGGAAUGUUGUCCGGCUGAUGGCAUGAUGCACGCAUUGGGGUGGUGGUUUGGACUGGUGCAUUGAAAUCAUUUGUGUGGGGUGUUCCAGACAUGACCUUAACACUGCCAGACAGACAGGCAGUGUUGUGACAAUCCAUCGCAUAGGGCAUCAGGCAGUCAUCAAUGCGCUUGUUUCGUC